AUCUACCACGAUGCCUGGGUCUCUUCCAGUGAAUGCUGAAUGCUGUUGGCCCAAAGAUGUGGGAAUUGUUGCCCUGGAAAUAUAUUUUCCCUCGCAGUACGUUGACCAGACGGAGCUGGAGAAGUAUGAUGGUGUGGAUGCUGGAAAGUACACCAUUGGGCUAGGCCAGUCAAAGAUGGGGUUCUGCUCUGACCGGGAGGAUAUCAAUUCUCUCUGCUUGACUGUGGUUCAGAAGCUCAUGGAGAGGAACAGCCUUUCCUAUGAUUGCAUUGGGAGAUUAGAAGUUGGAACGGAGACGAUAAUUGAUAAAUCAAAAUCCGUAAAGACUGUCCUGAUGCAGCUUUUUGAAGAAUCUGGUAAUACAGAUGUAGAAGGGAUCGACACCACCAAUGCCUGCUACGGAGGCACCGCUGCUCUUUUUAAUGCUGUUAAUUGGAUUGAGUCCAGUUCUUGGGAUGGACGCUAUGCACUGGUUGUUGCUGGAGACAUAGCUGUGUAUGCCACGGGAAAUGCCAGGCCAACAGGUGGAGCUGGUGCUGUCGCUAUGCUGGUUGGUCCAAAUGCUCCGUUAAUUUUUGAGAGAGGGUUGCGUGGAACCCACAUGCAGCACGCGUAUGACUUCUAUAAACCAGAUAUGGUCUCUGAAUAUCCUGUAGUUGAUGGCAAGCUGUCUAUACAGUGCUACCUCAGUGCAUUAGAUCGCUGCUAUACUGUCUAUCGCAACAAAAUCCACGCCCAGUGGCAAAAGGAGGGGACAGACAGACACUUCACCUUGAAUGACUUUGGAUUCAUGAUCUUUCAUUCUCCCUACUGUAAACUGGUGCAGAAAUCCGUGGCUAGACUCUUGCUGAAUGACUUUCUCAGUGACCAGAACCCAGAAACAGCAAACAGUGUUUUCAGUGGUCUGGAAGCUUUCAGGGAUGUAAAACUUGAAGAUACAUAUUUUGACAGAGAUGUGGAAAAAGCUUUCAUGAAAGCUAGUGUAGAGCUCUUCAAUCAGAAAACCAAAGCUUCAUUACUUGUAUCCAGUCAGAAUGGAAAUAUGUAUACCCCUUCAGUCUAUGGUUGCCUUGCCUCUCUUCUAGCCCAGUACUCCCCAGAGCAGCUUGCAGGACAGAGAAUCAGCGUGUUCUCAUAUGGCUCUGGUUUUGCUGCUACACUGUACUCCAUCAGAGUUACACAGGAUGCCACUCCUGGUUCUGCACUGGACAAAAUAACUGCCAGUCUUUCUGAUCUCAAAGCAAGACUUGACUCAAGAAAAUGUAUUUCACCUGAUGUCUUUGCUGAAAACAUGAAGAUUAGACAGGAAACACAUCAUUUGGCCAACUAUAUUCCCCAGUGUUCGGUAGAAGAUCUCUUUGAGGGAACGUGGUACCUUGUGCGUGUGGAUGAAAAGCACAGGAGAACUUACGCGCGGCGCCCGCUCAUGGGUGAUGGACCUCUGGAGGCAGGAGUUGAAGUUGUCCACCCGGGCGUUGUUCAUGAGCACAUCCCAAGCCCUGCUAAGAAAGUGCCAAGAAUCCCUGCAACAACAGACUCUGAAGGCGUUACUGUUGCCAUUUCCAAUGGGGAGCAUUAAGAUACCUCUGUGAGGUGGGAAUGAAACAGGGUGUGAGGGUAGGGUGAGGAGAGAAGGGAUUGCAGUAAUGCUGAAGUUUCAGUGUACAAUAGUACUGUGUUGGAGCAUGGAAAAACUGUUCAGGCUCCUUGAAAAGAUUUGUCAUAAUAUGGUGUGCUGAUAUUUAUAGUAUUUUCAGAACACUAAAAUCACAAAUAUACUGGAGAUGGAGGGACUUGACAGGGGCUGUGUGGAUUCCUUAACAUGUCUGAUUUUUUUUUCAUUGCUGAGUAGUAGCUGUAGUCUAAUUACGAAGUCUUUGUACAUAG